GACACCGCAACAGUUUGUCUGGCUCCACCUCAGCUUCACCGGUAAGCUGAAGCUGAAUCACGCGUAUAAACAUUGUAUAUAUAAGACUUCUCCGGUUAUAUACAUAAAUACAAGUUGAUCUUAUUAUAGUGCCAGUAUAUGGAUUGAUGAUUUUUUUUUUAUUCAGUGAAAGUGGCUGCUGGUUAUCGUACAGAAAACAUCAACAAUGUAGUCAGCGUUUCCGUUACCGAGCCCAUUAUAUUAAUGUGGAUGUUGCUCGGACACAAUCCAACCCCCAGAGGACAAAAUUUACAAUACCACACAAAUGAGGAUGCGUAAUGGGGAAGAAGCCCUUUGUGAGGUCACGAGAGCCAGUCAUGGCCGCCUUGAUUAUCUGCACUGCUCUGUCAUCCGGCGUAAGCGCGCUCGUGAAAAAAGACGAUAUAGAAUCGAGUUUAAACGUAAUCCAGGAAGUUUCCGCGCAAAGUCUCGGCUCGUUGUGCGUAACGGAGCAGUUUCGCUCCCUGACGGUGCCCAUUGACACUUUGAGGUUCGAAUCGGCCCGCCAAAAGGCGGAUUUGGCCGCUACGCUGUUGCAAGAUCUCGGCGUCGCUCAUCACAAUGGUCUUCAAGAUGCCAUUUCGAAAAAUAUCCUGGUGUCAGAUCCGGCGGUCUUGGCGGCCCGUGUGUUGGCGAUAAACGCCACCAACGGCCAGUUAAUUAAUUGCGCGUGGUGGCAGAAGCAGGGCCUGGAAAUGGGGGGCCCCAAGAAGGUGCCGGAGACAGUUAUGGAGGCGGGGCGUCGGCCCAGCGCUGACUAUCCAUGGUACGAAGACGCAGACUCAAGUCCCGGUCUUCGCUCGCCAAAAUUCAUCGAGAGCCCCCCCAACGUGUCUUACCGCGGAUGGUGGACUUACCCUUACUACUCCUGCUCCGCCAGGAGAUGGUUGAUGUCCUAUAGCGUCCCUAUACCACCUCCGGGAAGACGAGGAUUAAAAGGGUUUCUGAGCCUGGACGUAGACAUCUCCCAUCUGCAAGUAGACCAGUGCGAAAGUGGCCCUUUGACGCCCACUAACGCACUGUCCAUAUUCCACGGGUCGCAUAAGUGUCAUAAUUUGACAACUGAAUGCAUUUUUAAGUCUGCAGCUCAAGUGCCCUCAUGGUCCAGGGGUCGGUACGAAUGUCGUUGUCGCGACGGGUACUUCUCUACGCACCACGGAGGGGUUUUUAAUGGGACUUUGGUUGAAGUUGCAUGGGAAGAACAUGUUGAAAACUCAAGUGACACAUGGGAAACGAUCUUCCAAUGUCAGGCAUGCGCGCCAGGUUGUCAUUUUUGCACUGACCCAUCGCCAUGUUUGGCAACGUUUCAUUGGCCCUUUAGGAUUACUUUGCUCUCUAUCAGUAUUUUUUGUGUUUUUUGCACUUUGGUGUUGAACUGUUUCAUGUUUAAGCAUCGCAAACUGAAGGUGUUUAAGGUGGCCAGCCCGAUAUUUCUCAGUAUUACCCUUUUGGGAUGCGCUUUUAUGUACCUGGAGAUGGGUGCCAUAUUUCCGGUUUUGGACACCUACUUUUGUAUAGCGACCAAAUGGACCAGACAUUUGGGAUUUUGCGUCACUUAUACCGCACUACUUAUGAAAACAUGGAGGGUUUCCCUUACCUACCGGGUAAAAUCAGCCCACAAAGUAAAACUAACAGACAAACAGCUCCUCCAAUGGAUGGUUCCGAUUUUACUCAUAAUGCUCAUUUACUUGGGCACUUGGACCCUAUCCGACACCCCCACAGCGGAAGAAAUAAUGGACAAUAAGGGACUCAGGUUUAAGCAAUGCGUCUAUAAUUGGUGGGAUCACAGUUUGGCUAUAGGGGAAGUUUUAUUCUUGGCAUGGGGCAUACGGGUGUGUUAUAACGUGAGAAAUGCCGAGUCUUUGUAUAAUGAGGCGAGGCUCAUCAGUUAUGCCAUCUAUAAUAUUGCCAUCGUGAACAUUUUAAUGAUAGCCUUUCAUUUAUUCAUUUUCCCGAGGGCAGGACCAGAUAUAAAGUACUUUUUGGGGUUCGUACGCACUCAGUUGUCUACCACUACGACCAUUGCUCUUGUGUUUGGGCCAAAGAUUAUUAGGGUGUUAAGCGGCCAGGGUGACCAAUGGGACAACAGGGCGCGGUCACGUGGCGUCACAGCCUCGUUUUCCCUAAACGGCAUCGGACUGGUACCGGAAGACACGCCCGAUCUAUUCCAGGAGAACGAGGAACUCAAAGAGGAAAUUCAAAAAUUGGCCGCGCAAAUCGAGUUCAUGAAAAUCGUCCAUAUGGAAAUCAACAAUCGGCACGUAAAACCGAAGGCGGGCGGCUACUUUACCACGUUGAACACCCCGUUGGCGGUGCAGAGCCCCCUGGCGAAACAAUUGGGCGGCAAACCGGGGGAGGAACUGUGACAUAAGGAGGCGGCCCCUGGGGGCGAGGGAGACCCGGGGGCGGUAAGCGCCUCGAGACGGCGCAGCUGCAAAGAAUGGCUCCGGAUGGAGUUCGUACUGAAACAAACUGGGGAGAGUGUCGUGGUGGUUUAGACGGGGUUGUUGCCGGUUUAUUUAUUGUGACAUUCUGGCAACACUGCCGUAAUUGUUUUUUCGUUGUAUUCAAUUAGUUUGUGAAACUCAUCUGUAUGUGUGAUAUUUUAUUGGUGGAGGAAUCACUGGUAAUGCACUGACGGAUGUUGAACCAGGUUUUACCUUGCUCUUGUUUUAUUUUAGGAGACCCUGUAGCGUGGUAAAGAAUGGUCUGUCCGACUUAUUAAGUGUACCAAAGCUCACUUUAGGUAACCAGAAAUCAAACUGUUCUUUUUUUUUUUUUUAAUAAAUGUUGACAAUAAAGGAGGAAAUGUUCAAAAAAACUGAAUUAAACGUGCCCUUCUCGACUUCAAUUUUGCUUCUAGGUACAAAAGAUUGUGACAAACCUGUCAAUUAUAAUAACUAUUUUUUCAUUAGCUUUUCUAAUUUACCCUCUAUAUAUUUAUAUAUGUAUGUAUAAAUGAUGUUUCUUGUAAUAUCUCGGUCCUCAUUCCAAAAUAACUCGCAGGAAAACCAUAAAAUCGAUGUUAAAGUAUACGCAUAGUAGCAGAAUUAUAUAAAUGUGUUAAAUAUAUGUAUAUCUAUGUAAUAUUUUCAAGAUGAAACUCACCGCAAUUGAAUGUACUACAUAUAUUAUAUGGAAAUGUUUGUUCAUA